UUUUUUUCUUCCCAACAGCGGCAGUCAACUGGAGGUCCACUUUAGAUUCUCCUUCUGGGCAACGUUCCGGUGGAACUUUCCGGCAAUGGUUGGUCAAAGCCUCCCUGACAAUCGUGCGUCCCGUUACUGGAUGCUUCGUGUGUCCGUGUGACUGGUGUAUGAUGACGCCGCCUUGUGCAUUUCUUCACGCUUCUUGCACCUUGGACCAUGUUCCUCUUGAAGGCCGUGUUAUGUCAAAAUGGACGCAACAUGGACUUGCCUCUUGCAAUGACGUCAAUGUCAAUGCCGAGUUCAUGACAUUUUAUGAAGACCAGCCAGAGUGAGUCCUGGCGUCCAUUGUCACGUUCUACAUCUCUUUGUGCUGCUCGUCACGUAAGAGUUGGAUAGCCAUGAUUGGAGGUCUGAAAUAUGGCAAACACAUAUUCCAUAUAUGUCCCCCACAUCCAUUAUGUUCUUUCUUCAACCAAUGUAGUGGUCGCGGUUGCCUUUGACACGCGCAGUUGAGCAGGGCAUGUUCGUCGUGCUAAGGGCAGUUUCGAAUCCUAGCCACCUUUUCGUGAAUGAACAAGACACGGGCUUUUCGUUGUGGUGAAGAUCUCAAGAAACUCCUCUAGCCAGUCCAGGCGUGCAAAAGAAUGCUUUGAUAACCACUGGUGCUUUGCGUAACCACUACCGCGGACGGAAGGCGCGCAUCAGGUGCUUGCACGUUGCAAGUCACUAACUUCGCUCCUACCGCUUCUGAUGAAAUCUCCAUCUCUAUAUCUCCGAUGCGCUAGUAUCGCACCUUUAUGUUCCAGGCCGAUAUCAUGGUGUUGACACGAGCAAAGGCUGCCCUCGCCGCCCUGUACGCGGAUCAUGUAAAGGCAUCGGGAGCACUGGUUGAGCAAGAGCAGGAUGACCCUCCGCUGCAUGUUUCACUGCGGUUCAAGCGCGAGCUGGCCAGACCCGAGGCCAUCGCGAAGCAGGAGAAGUUCGCCAAAGAGCGAGACGAGCUCGAACGAGUCUAUGACGCUCUGCCGGAGGAGCUCAAGCGCGGCCCAAUGGCUCCGGUCAAGCAGAGAAGAAAGUACUCGAGCGACUUCUUGGAGAAGCUGAAGGAGAAGCAUCGAGAAGUGAGGCAGAGAGCUCGAGCCAAACGAGCAGCAAAGGCGGCCGGUGCACAAGACAAAGUCAAACCUCAAAGCGAUUGCUUCAACUUCUCCGAGAGUGCGCAGCAAAUGCCAAUCCAACAGUCCCGCGGAGGGAAGAAUUGUCCAAGUCCCGAAGGCGUAGUCAAGCAUGCAGAACUUGCCGUACUCAAGCAGAACACGAAGCCGUCACGCUUGCAGCCGCCGCUCCAUCUGUCUCCUCAUUCCGCACAUCCAACCAAUUCUCCCAUGACGCCUCUUCGCCGAGCAGCCGCAUUGCAACUCAUACUCGGACGCACUUUCAAAGAUCUAGGAACGCUUCUGCAAGCUGCACCAGGGCUAUCCUUCAAUCAAACCCCGACGUUGCGACUGGCGCUGAUCGGAGAUCGCGCUCUGGGCCUGGUGCUGAGGGAGAGGCUUUUCGUUGAGCUACCCGGCAUCACCAACGGGGAGAUGUCGCGAAGGUGUCAAAUCUUGGAAACAAAUCGAAAUCUAGCGGCUGUCGGGAGGAGGGUGGGUCUUGACAGAUUUGCGUUCAGGAGUUCCGAGAUGCCUCCGUGUGACAAGUCCGUGGCAGAUACCGUAGAGGCAGUUAUAGGCGCCGCGUAUCUGGAAGACGGUAUCACUGGUGCGGCAGAGCUUGUCGCACAUCUCGGGAUCGUUUGAGCGAAUAUAGGGACGCCUUGCUCAAUGUCAUAUUCAGGUUUACGAAAAAGAAGCGUAAUGACGAGCAAUCUUUAUUCACGGGUGAAACAAGGGUAUGGGCAGUAACGGUGAUGGAUAAAGAACCAGAAGAAUAGCCACAAACCAGCUAGUGCGCAGCUUUAUGAUCCAACAAUGGGAUUGCGAUCUGGUGUUGCCUAGAUGCUUUCUGUUGUCAUGGCAAUCAAGUAGACACUUAGAUUCAAUCCAAUCUCCAUCUAUC